ACAGAGGAAGCAUUUCUGCUGUGUGACCUUUACAGCAGGGCGAUCUUCAGGAAGGACGACCAAGAAUGCGAGAGCUGUGUGGAACUACUGUUUGUGAGAGGGGCUGGGAAUUGCCAGGAGUGCGAUACCCCCCUGCGGAAGAGUAACUUCAGGGUACAGCUCUUUGAGGACCCUGCCGUUGACAAGGAAGUGGAAAUUCGGAAGAAAGUGCUGAAAAUAUACAAUAAAAGAGAGGAUGACUUUCCCAGUCUAAGUGAAUAUAAUGAUUUCCUGGAAGAAAUAGAAGAAAUUGUAUUUAACUUGACCAACAAUGUGGAUUUGGAGAACACCAAAAGGAAAAUGGAACUGUACCAGAAGGAUAACAAAGAAGUCAUUCAGAAAAAUAAGAUAAAACUGACACGGGAGCAGGAAGAGCUGGAGGAAGCUUUAGAGGUAGAGCGACAGGAAAAUGAACAAAGGCGACUGCUCAUACAGAAAGAAGAACAACUACAACAGAUGAUAAAAAGGAAGAAUAAGCAGGCACUCUUGGAUGAUCUGGAGAGCUCCAAUCUUCCUGCUUCACUGCUUUUAGCUCAGCAUAAGGACAGAUCUACUCAGCUAGAAAUGCAACUGGAAAAACCCAAACCUGUUAAACCAGUCACGUUUUCCACUGGCAUCAAAAUGGGUCAGCAUAUUUCACUAGCUCCCAUUCAAAAGCUAGAGGAAGCUUUGUAUGAGUAUCAGCCUCUGCAAGUGGAGACAUAUGGACCACAAGUUCCAGAGCUUGAAAUGCUGGGAAGGCUUGGGUAUCUCAACCACGUACGAGCCGCCUCUCCGCAGGAUCUUGCUGGGGGCUACACUUCUUCUCUUGCUUGUCACCGAGCCUUACAGGAUGCUUUCAGUGGUCUUUUCUGGCACCCCAGUUAGCCAGUGUGCAUCAGCCUGUGAUCAAGGGACACCGAACGGAGCAAGAAGCAAAUCAAGCCAGCAAAGGUUGGGUAAAAUUGCUGCCAUCUGCACAACGGCUAAGCUGCAGUCACUUUUCUGUGUCAAACCAGCUGUGUUUAAGUGUUAAAGGGGGAAAAAAAACCCCCGUCUGCACGAGAGCUUUGUAAAAUGGUAGAUACAUUUUUGUGGAGGGGGAAACUCAUUAGUCAUGUGGCACUUUGCUGAGGGAGGCUGAAGCAAUAAGCCACAUCUAAUGGAAGAUGUGAAUAACUCAGCUGUGUAUGUUUGAGGUUUAAAGAAAUACACUUGUAAAUUUUUUUUAAAUAAAGCCAGACUUUUUUAUUAAAGUUUGUGGUUUUACUCUUAUUGCAGGGUUUUAUUUGCACAAGCAUUUAAAUGCCAUUUUGAUUAUAACAUUUAGUGUCAAUAUUCAAGCCUACGUUUUCUUCCCAUAAAACUAGUUUCCCCAGUUCAGACAAGUGGGUUUUUCCUCCUGCCAGCUGGAUGAGACGAGAAACCCCGGAACCAUGCCGACACGACUCUUAUGCGGGAUCCUUCCUGAUGUCACUUGGUUCUUACCUUUGUCUGGAAAAACAAAUCUUUAGCUGAAAGUCUUUCAACUGAGCUCCUCUAGAAGCAAUCUAAGAAGCCUCGAUACAAGGCUAGGUCAUUAAAGUAGUCAAAAUUGGUUUUGUUUUUUUCCUGUUUAGCUCCGUUUUGCAACUUUUCUGUCACGUGUUCAGGAGCUUCUUUUGGCAGGAACAUCCCUUUGUCUGGCUUUUGGGAUGACCCUUGCCACUUGAUCUGCUGCUUUUAUGUAUUCCUUCCCCUCUCCUUGUAGUGGAACGUAGAUGAAUUGCAGCAGAGAUGGGCUUCCUGUGGCGGGAUUGGUCUCUGCCCUGAGUGUGUGUGAACUGCAGGGGAUGGGAAACCGCUCAGGACAGCGAGCGCCUCCAGAGCAAAGCCUGGACCAUGUUUUAUGGGUCAUCUGUUAAUAGCUGUUGAAUACUGCUCUGAGGAGUGUACUAAACAAAUGUACUUUUUCGAUGUUGUAAUAAAGAGAAGAAUAAGC